UCACUGAGGAGCCCACGGGACUGACUGGCAACCGGGAAACCAGACUGUGGCAUCUCCGCGGGCCUUCCGCCCUUUCCCUCGUUUGCUCCAUGCCCCGGGGCUGCGCUCCGGAGCCCUGGCGAGGAGAGACAUGGAAGAAGCCGGCACUCCGUGCGCCCCGCCGCCGCCCGCGGGCUCCCAGACCGGGGCUCCUCCAGCCAACCUGUCUUCUGCUCCGCACAACUGCAGCGCCGAGGGCUACAUCUACCAGGACGCCGUCGCGCUGCCCUGGAAAGUGCUCCUGGUCAUUCUGCUGGCACUCAUCACCCUGGCCACCACGCUCUCCAACGCCUUUGUGAUCGCCACGGUGUACCGGACCCGGAAGCUGCACACCCCAGCCAACUACCUGAUCGCCUCCCUGGCGGUCACCGACCUGCUCGUAUCCAUCCUGGUGAUGCCCAUCAGCACCAUGUACACGGUCACCGGCCGCUGGACGCUGGGCCAGGUGGUCUGCGACUUGUGGCUGUCGUCGGACAUCACCUGUUGCACGGCUUCCAUCCUGCACCUCUGCGUCAUCGCCCUGGACCGCUACUGGGCCAUCACGGACGCCGUGGAGUACUCCGCCAAAAGGACUCCCACGAGGGCCGCGGUCAUGAUCGCGCUCGUGUGGGUCUUCUCCAUCUCCAUCUCGCUGCCGCCCUUCUUCUGGCGUCAAGCCAAAGCCGAGGAGGAGGUGUCGGACUGCAUGGUGAACACCGACCACAUCCUCUACACCGUGUACUCCACGGUGGGCGCUUUCUACUUCCCCACCCUGCUCCUCAUCGCCCUCUACGGCCGCAUCUAUGUGGAAGCCCGCUCCCGGAUUCUGAAACAGACGCCCAGCAGGACCGGCAAGCGCCUGACCCGAGCCCAGCUGCUAACCGACUCCCCCGGGUCCACGUCCUCGGUCACCUCCGUUAACUCGCGGGCUCCCGACGUGCCCAGCGACUCCGGGUCCCCUGUGUACGUGAACCAAGUCAAAGUGCGGGUCUCCGACGCCCUGCUGGAGAAGAAGAAACUCAUGGCCGCUAGGGAGCGCAAAGCCACUAAGACCCUGGGAAUCAUUCUGGGAGCCUUUAUCGUGUGCUGGCUGCCCUUCUUCAUCAUCUCCCUGGUGAUGCCUAUUUGCAAGGAUGCCUGCUGGUUCCACCUGGCCAUCUUUGACUUCUUCACGUGGCUGGGCUAUCUCAACUCCCUUAUCAACCCCAUCAUCUAUACCAUGUCCAAUGAGGACUUCAAACACGCAUUCCAUAAACUGAUACGCUUUAAGUGCACAAGCUGACUUGUCAGUUGCAAUGGGGUAGCCUGAGCGACCUUUGGGGACCAUGCUGGGUCUGGUUCCACAGGUAGGUCGACUCUUCUUUCACUGUUACUGGGUCAGAUUGAGGCUCUGUCUUCUGGGCAGUGGAUCUGGGCAGUGGAUCCUGAGAAGCCAGGGGAGCCCUGAGCGCGCUCCGAGAGGAGAACUGUUCCAACUGCAGAUAGAGCUUCCCUGCCGAGGAGGAGGCUUGCUUUCUGCCCUCAAACCCCAGGUCCGGCGCUCACCCCCGUGGCAGCCAGUCACAAGGGAGGGUUGUAACUUUUCAAAAAUCCGCCAUGGAAGGGGGAUCCCUGCCCUGCUUUGGUAUCACGGAUCAUGCCCUCUAGAACCCGUGGUCCCUGUAGCUGUCUGAAGCCUGAGACAGAUCUACACACAGCCUGGCAGUACUUGAACUAGACGCGUGAUACCCUGUGUUUGGGGGAGAACUUUGGGUUACAGCUUCACUUGAGAAGAGUUACUGUGGCGUCCUUCAGUCUCCAGUUGGUUUAUUUAAACUUGGUUGGUUGGAGAAACUUGUGGAUUUGGUGCUUCAAACCUUAAGUGUGGCUUGGAUGGUGCAGAGAAACCUGGAAGAGUAAACAGCAAAAUUCUGAUGUCGAGA